GGAGGCUCAAUGAGGAUGAUGAGGGACGGUCGCAGACAUUAGAUCCGCUUAAGGAAGCCGAUCAUUUCCUGACUAACACAUCUAGAGAAAACCCCCCGCAAAAUAAUCGCUAGAUCAGCGCCAAAAUGGGGAACCGCGUGGCGCGCGAGGAUUUCGAGUGGGUUUACACGGACCAGCCGCACGCCGACCGGAGGAAAGAGAUACUGGCUAAAUACCCAGAGAUCAAGUCUCUGAUGGGCCCUGACCCCAGGCUCAAAUGGAUAGUCAGCACGAUGGUGGUUGUCCAGUUUUUGGCUUUCUACCUGGUGAAGGAUCUGUCCUGGAAAUGGGUGUUUUUCUGGACGUAUGCAUUUGGAAGUUGCAUAAACCAUUCAAUGACACUAGCCAUUCACGAAAUCUCUCACAACACUGCUUUCGGCAACAACCGAGCCAAGUGGAACCGCUGGUUCGCCAUUUUCGCCAAUCUGCCUAUAGGACUACCGUACUCUGCGUCGUUUAAACGCUACCAUCUGGACCACCACCGCUACUUGGGUGGAGAUGGUGUGGACGUGGACAUCCCCACUGACUUUGAGGGUUGGUUUUUUUGCACGCGUAUGCGCAAGCUGAUCUGGAUCAUGUUCCAGCCGCUGUUUUACGCCAUCCGGCCGCUCUACAUCAACCCCAAACCCAUCAGCCAGCUGGAGCUCCUGAACGUGGCCAUCCAGCUGUCCUUCAACGCGCUCCUCUACUGGAGCUGGGGCGCCAAACCUGUGGUCUACAUGAUGAUGGGCUCGAUGCUGGGCAUGGGUCUCCAUCCCAUCUCAGGACACUUCAUCGCUGAACAUUACAUGUUCCUCAAAGGCCACGAGACCUACUCUUACUACGGCUCUCUGAACCUGCUGACGUUCAACGUCGGCUACCAUAACGAGCAUCACGACUUCCCUAGCAUUCCCGGACGACGACUACCAAUGGUGAAAGAGAUCGCAUCUGAGUACUACAGAGAUCUGCCGUGCUACAGCUCCUGGAUAAAAGUGCUGUACGACUUCAUCAUGGACGACCAGUUGAGUCCGUAUUCACGCGUCAAGCGAAAACUGGUCGGAGACGUCAAGCAGGAGUGAGCAAACACACUGCGGCACACACACAGGCUUUUAGCAUACAGCACAUUGAUUUUAAUGCUUCACCAAACCCUCUGAGCGUUUGUGUUCUCACGCUCUGAAGAUCCGGACUCUUCUAUUAAUGCAGCAGGAAUCAUGACACCACACGCUUUAAUCAUGUGUAUGAUGGAGCAGGUCAUGUUCAUGUAGCUCUACAUGUUCAGUGUUCUUCCUCUUCUGGAGUGUUUUACAGGAGCUGUUGAUGGAGCGAGCGCAGUGUGUCUGGACUGUGUGCUCAUCUCUCUGCUCGUCUUCAUUAUUUCAACACUUUUAUAUUUCACAUCAACUAAAAACAGCCUUACUGAUAUGGAGUCUGAUUGUUACCGAUGUUAAUAGAAAGUAAAUCUCUAUAUUCUCUA